UAAGGGGAACCGGGGGAAAGCCGGGUGCCGCUGCUUGCUGUGGACUGUGGGUGUGUCAGAAUCCCAGUAGUAGUACUGUGAGUGUCCCUCCAACUGCUAGAACCGGUCAUGCCCGCGUUAACGGAAUAUGGACUGUCCAGAUAGUGAGAAAAGUGACCAACACUGGCCAACUCAGGAGCUACUAUGGAUACAGCAGUAUGCAGCCCAGGGCCUCAACAUGAGUUGGGAGGGGCAACCAGUACAACUGGUAGUACAGCACCUGACAAACCCCUGUCAACUGCGUGGCAGGCGGCGCUUGGGGCUACAGCAAUGAGUGCCAACAAGAAGCGGCCAGUACGUCGAGGGGGGAAGCCUCCCCCUGACCGGCCCCAGAGAGCACUUUUCUGCCUCCCUCUCAAGAAUCCCAUCCGGAAGUUAUGUAUUGAUGUUGUAGAGUGGAAACCAUUUGAGUACCUGAUUCUGUUAACCAUCUUUGCCAAUUGUGUGGCCUUGGCUGUGUACACACCCUACCCCAACAGUGACUCCAACAGCACAAACCUUUAUUUGGAAAAGAUAGAGAAUGUGUUUUUAGCGAUCUUCACAGUUGAAUGUGUGAUGAAGAUCAUAGCAUAUGGUUUAGUGGCCCACCCUGGGGCAUACCUGCGCAAUGGAUGGAACUUGCUAGAUUUUACAAUAGUAGUAAUAGGAUUGUUAAGUUCAGCAUUAUCAAAUUUAAUGAAGGAAGGUUUUGAUGUGAAAGCGUUACGAGCGUUUAGAGUUUUAAGACCACUGCGCUUGGUUUCAGGAGUUCCGAGUUUGCAAGUGGUGUUGAAUUCAAUCCUCCGUGCCAUGGUGCCUUUAUUACACAUUGCUCUCUUAGUUCUGUUUGUUAUAAUUAUUUAUGCCAUAAUCGGUUUGGAGUUAUUCUCAGGAAAGCUACAUGAAACAUGUUAUGAUAAUGUUACGGGUGAGAUUAUGGAUGACCCACAUCCAUGUGGAGAGGCUGGUUUCCAGUGUGACAUAAUUGCAAAGAACAUGGUGUGUAGGAAUAACUGGACAGGUCCAAAUAAUGGUAUUACCAAUUUUGAUAAUUUUGGACUUGCCAUGUUGACUGUGUUCCAGUGUGUCACUCUAGAAGGCUGGACAGAUGUUCUCUAUUAUGUUGAAGAUGCAAUGGGGAACAGCUGGCAGUGGAUUUACUUUAUAUCUAUGGUUAUAUUAGGCGCAUUUUUUGUUAUGAACCUAAUUCUUGGUGUCCUCAGUGGAGAGUUCUCAAAAGAGAGGGAAAAGGCAAAAGCCCGUGGUGAUUUCCAUAAAUUGCGGGAGAAGCAACAGAUUGAAGAAGAUUUGAGAGGUUAUUUAGACUGGAUUACACAAGCUGAAGAUAUCGAACCUGAAGGAGAAGACAGAUCUCGUAAUCAGGAUGGUAAACCCAAAAUAGCAAAUGAAACAGAAACUGCAGACCGUGCAGAGGGAGAAGAGGGAGAAGUUGAGCAGGAAUCUUGGUGGAGGAAAAAAAAGAAAGACUUUGACCGAAAUAACAGAAGAAUGAGGCGUGCCUGUAGGAAAGCUGUCAAGUCACAAGCAUUCUAUUGGCUCAUCAUUAUGCUUGUGUUUCUGAAUACAGUGGUGCUGGCCACCGAGCACUACCGACAGCCAAAGUGGCUUGAUCAUUUUCAAGAUUGGACAAACCUCUUCUUUGUUGCCCUUUUUUCCAUGGAAAUGUUGUUGAAGAUGUAUAGUUUGGGAUUUCAGGGUUAUUUUGUUUCACUCUUCAACCGCUUUGACUGUUUUGUUGUGAUUGGAAGUAUUGGUGAAAUCAUUCUGACACAUACGGAAGUGAUGCCCCCUCUUGGUGUGUCUGUGCUCAGAUGUGUUCGUCUGCUCCGCGUAUUCAAAGUGACCAAGUACUGGCGGUCCUUGUCCAACCUGGUUGCCUCGUUACUUAAUUCCAUCCAGUCCAUAGCAUCACUGCUAUUGCUGCUGUUUCUUUUCAUUGUGAUCUUUGCUCUACUUGGAAUGCAAGUCUUUGGUGGCAAGUUUGACUUCAACAGCAUUACUGAUAAGCCACGCAGUAAUUUUGAUAGCUUCUGGCAGAGUCUGCUUACUGUGUUUCAGAUACUGACCGGUGAGGACUGGAAUGCUGUUAUGUAUGUUGGUAUUCAAGCAUAUGGUGGAGUUUCUUCCAUUGGUGUUUUGGCAUGCGUGUACUUCAUCAUCCUGUUCAUCUGUGGCAACUAUAUCUUGUUAAAUGUUUUCUUGGCUAUUGCUGUGGACAAUCUGGCUGAUGCAGAAUCGUUGACAGCCAUUGAGAAAGAAGCAGAAGAGGAGGCAGAGAAACAACAAAAGUCUCACAGCGGUUCACCAACACGGGACGAAGGACAAGGCGGCGAGGAAAAUGGUGAAGGGCAAGAGGAAGGACAAGAUGAUGCUGAAAAUAUGGAGAAAGAAGAGGCUGGAAGUGACACAAAAGUUCCACUGGAACAUGGUGACAGUGAAGAUUAUCCAUAUGAUGAUGAGGAACAGACAGACAAUCAGGCUCUGUGGAUUGCAUUAAAAUUUACAGAUGAAGAUGAUGACGGUAUUGAAGUGAAACGUAGGAUGUCAGCACGGCCUCACCGAAUGUCAGAGAUCAGUUUGAAAACAACAAUACGCCCAAUUCCACAAGGAAGUGCCUUCUUUAUAUUUUCCAGUACCAACAGGAUCCGCGUGUUCUGCCAUUGGUUGUGCAACCACAGUUACUUUGGCAAUGUAAUCCUUGCCUGCAUCAUGAUCUCAUCAGCCAUGCUGGCUGCUGAAGACCCCCUGCAAUCUGAUACUCCCCGAAAUGAGAUCCUGGGAAAAUUUGAUAUCUUCUUCACGUCAGUAUUCACAGUGGAAAUCUGUCUCAAGAUGAUUUCAUAUGGUUUUGUUCUUCAUAAUGGUGCUUUUUGCCGUUCAGCUUUCAAUCUCCUCGACUUGCUUGUGGUGUUUGUCUCCCUUAUCGCCAUGUUUAUACGUGGAAGUGCCAUUUCAGUGGUCAAGAUCCUUCGAGUUUUGAAAGUACUCAGGCCUCUCCGAGCAAUCAACAGAGCCAAAGGGCUUAAGCACGUAGUCCAGUGCGUGAUAGUCGCAGUAAAGACUAUUGGCAACAUUGUCCUGGUCACCUGCCUUCUUCAGUUCAUGUUUGCUGUUAUUGGAGUCCAGUUGUUUAAGUACGUAGUGAAAUGCGUGAUAGUAGCCAUUAAGACGAUCGGCAAUAUCAUGCUGGUAACCUACCUCCUGCAGUUCAUGUUCGCUGUCAUUGGAGUGCAGCUAUUCAAGGGAAAAUUCUUCAAGUGUUCAGAUGGUUCGAAGAUGACAGAAGCAGAAUGUCGUGGCACAUAUCUUAUAUUUGAUGAUGGGGAUAUCAACCAACCACAAGUUGAUGAACGUAAAUGGACGAGGAACCGUUUACAUUUUGAUGAUGUUGCCAAAGCUAUGCUAACUUUAUUUACUGUAUCAACAUUUGAAGGUUGGCCUGGGCUUUUGUACGUUUCAAUUGAUUCACAUGAAGAAGAUGAAGGACCCAUCCACAAUUCUCGUCCCAUUGUUGCUGCUUACUACAUAAUUUAUAUCAUCAUCAUUGCUUUCUUCAUGGUUAACAUUUUUGUAGGUUUUGUUAUUGUUACUUUCCAAAAUGAAGGUGAACAAGAGUACAAGAAUUGUGAACUUGAUAAGAACCAGAGAAAUUGCAUAGAGUUUGCUUUGAAAGCAAAACCCGUUCGCCGAUACAUUCCAAAACACCGUAUCCAGUAUAAAGUGUGGUGGUUUGUAACAUCACAGCCUUUUGAAUAUACUAUCUUCAUUUUAAUCAUGUUAAAUACCAUCACAUUAGCAAUGAAAUUUCAUAACCAACCACCAGCUUAUGAAAAGUUCCUUGAUGUCCUCAAUAUCAUCUUCACAGCUGUGUUUGCUAUGGAAUUUGUAUUCAAGUUGGCUGCUUUUAGGUUUAAGAAUUAUUUUGGGGAUGCAUGGAACGUGUUUGAUUUUGUCAUCGUCCUUGGCAGUUUCAUCGACAUCAUUUAUUCUGAGGUGAAUCCAGGGUCUGGUAUGAUAUCCAUCAAUUUCUUCCGUUUAUUCCGAGUUAUGCGUUUAGUGAAACUCUUGAGCAGAGGUGAAGGCAUUCGCACUUUACUGUGGACAUUUAUUAAGUCGUUUCAAGCACUGCCAUAUGUUGCUCUUCUCAUUGUCAUGCUGUUCUUCAUCUAUGCUGUUAUUGGGAUGCAGAUGUUUGGAAAAAUAGCAUUGAAUCCAGGAACAGCAAUUCAUCGCAACAACAACUUCCAGACUUUUCCUCAGGCAGUGUUAGUUUUAUUUCGUUCAGCAACUGGUGAAGCUUGGCAAGAAAUUAUGCUGGACUGCUCUGCACGUGAGGAGGUGAAAUGUGAUCCCAAGUCUGAUGAAACAGACAAACUUAUUUGCGGCUCUGAUAUGGCUUUUCCAUAUUUCAUCUCAUUCUAUGUGCUGUGUUCAUUCCUGAUCAUUAAUCUGUUUGUUGCUGUGAUCAUGGAUAACUUUGAUUAUUUGACAAGAGAUUGGUCCAUUUUGGGUCCCCAUCAUUUGGAUGAGUUCAUUCGAUUGUGGAGUGAAUAUGAUCCAGAUGCUAAGGGACGCAUCAAGCAUUUGGAUGUUGUGACACUUCUCAGAAAAAUCUCACCACCUCUAGGUUUUGGCAAGCUUUGCCCCCAUCGUGUUGCUUGCAAGAGGCUGGUAUCAAUGAAUAUGCCUUUGAAUAGUGAUGGGACUGUCCUGUUCAACGCAACAUUGUUUGCUGUUGUUCGAACAUCUUUAAGAAUCAAAACAGAAGGAAAUAUUGAUGAUGCAAAUGCAGAACUAAGAGCAGUCAUUAAGAAGAUAUGGAAGAGGACAAGCCCCAAACUUCUGGACCAAGUGGUACCACCACCCGGAGUGGAAGAUGAAGUAACAGUUGGCAAGUUCUAUGCAACGUUCCUGAUUCAAGAUUACUUUAGACGUUUCAAAAAGAGGAAAGAACAGGAACUGAAAGACGGAGAUAAGGAGUCACACAACACGGUCACUUUACAGGCUGGACUGCGUACUCUGCAUGAUGCAGGUCCAGAAUUGAAACGUGCAAUCUCUGGAAAUUUGGAGGAAUUAAUGGAUGACAAUCCUGAACCUAUGCACAGGCGUAAUCAUUCACUGUUUGGUAGUGUUUGGUCAUCAAUGCGGCGAGGUCACGCAGGUUUCCACCGUGCCAGAUCAUUAAAAGUCAACUCAACACAAAUUAAAAUGAAUCACUUAGAUGUUCCAGGAAGGAAUCUCAGAAAGGUAUCUCCAACCAACUCAAUCGACUACUUGCCUUACAACUCAAUUCAGCAUGCUGUAACUGAGGGCAUGAAUCACAUUACCAGCAUGACCAAGAGUACCCUCAUGCCACAUAUUGCAAGUGCAACUUCAAUGCAAGAAACAGGGGGAGGCUUGCAGGAAGAGGAGGCAAUUCCAUUACGUCCAUUGACUGUUGCUGUUUCUAAUGGGGACCCUGAGAAGACUUUCAGCCCCUACCACGUAAUUGACCUGCAGGAUGAAUACAGCCCCGAGCUGACCCCCCCUACGCCCCCUCCCCGGAGAGUCCCACGAGGAGUUGGGGGGGGCUCGUUCCGUCUGGGCUGCAUGGGUCGUGAGACAUCAUCAAGCUUCAGUCGGAUAGCGGAUGGGCUCAAGCUGGCCCAGGCCCAAGUGAUGGCUGUGGCAGUGGCUGGUUUCCUGCCAGGUGACGGCACGGUGGUGACAGAAUGCCAGGGACAUGAGCGACGCUCCCCCCUCACUCACAGGGCUUCCUUCCAUGGCAGAGUGUCCCGAGCGGGUGAGUCCAAUGGCAGUCUGGGGACAGAACGCCUGUCACAUUCUCUUCCUGGCAGUCCAGCUGACCGCCGUCCCAACUUCCCUGAGGUAGUUGGUUCAGCUGAAAGCCUGGUAGGCAGGGUGCUAGUCGAGCAAGGUCUUGGCAAAUACUGUGAUGCUGAUUUUGUACGUUACACAUCUCGUGAGAUGCAGGAAGCUUUAGACAUGACUCAGGAGGAAAUGGAUCGAGCGGCACAUCGGUUGCUGCUGCAGGAGCGUCAAGGGAGACCACUGUCCUUCCAGAUGGCUGGAGUGGGUGCAGGGGUGGGGACUGAGACAGGGGUUGAAUCUGGAUCAGGUGAUACUGAUCCUCACUUAUAGCAGUGCGCCCCACAUAAAAGCAGGGAUCUCCUGCUGAGUUCCGUGGUCUCGGUCUCAUUUUGCAUUACCAAGUGCCUCAUCUACUUCUACUCCAGAGAAGACAAUGUCAAACUCAACAUACCAUCAGUUUCUCAAACUUGCCCAAUUCUUACCUUUUGUGGAUAGUUUUCCUGGGUGAAUAAAAAUCCAGUGGAUAUUAAAGAGUAGAAUGUUAAAACAGAAAGGUGGAAAAGAAUUUUUUAAUGUGUUUUAUUUCAUGUUAAAGUGUUAAAUAAAACUGAAAGUUUUGGGGACAAGCAAAAAGGUCCAGCAAUACAUAUCUUGUGCACAAGCACAGUUAUGGAAAUACUGAUCUGAAAAGUGAAAGGAAAUUUUUUUUAAUGUGGAAUGUUUAGCUAAUAUCAAUUUGGAAUUUUAUUGUCCACUUAAAUGACUGUUCCAUUACUCUGAAAGUACAGCUGAAACUGGAACAUUUAUUAUCACUGAAAAUUUUAGUGCGUGUGUUCAAACGUUUAAAACUAACUCACCUCAUGACAUUAUGUUCUUGUGUGAUUUCUUUUAAGAAAAUUAAAGUUUACUUAACCAUGAAUGCCAGCAUUCAAUAAUUUGGAAGUCUGCAAUAUGGAAGUAUGAAACUGGCCAUCCAAGAUAUCAGUCUAAUGUUCAAAUAUAUUGAAAUGAAAGAACCUUCCUAAAUAAUAGUGCAGAAUGUUAAAUGAAGCUUUGCAGAUUCAAACAGAAGAAGAAGAAGAGGAAAGAUUGGUACCAUUUGAAACCAAGAUCACCAGCAUCUGUUUGUGAUUAGCAAAUACCUGGUGUUUCAACAUAGUUAAACUACUAACUUCAGGCCAAAUUGUAUGCCCAGAGUGAAAUGUACCACACAAGAAAGUGAUUGUUUAUUUUCAGAGGUAUUUCAAAUUCUAUUGAAGCUAGUUUUCUUAAGCUGUGUUAUGUGCCCAUUGGAACUGAACUGAACAUUACUUGGCACGUGAAUUUGAUGGCAGAAAUCUACCAAAACUGUCUGUACAUCAGCUGGCUGAUGAACAAAGUCAAGUGAGUUAUCUGCAAGAUGAGAACCUGAUGGGGUGUUGGUCUCCAUCCAUGACCAGCCAUCUAACUAAAUAUCGAAAGAAAUUAUCCCUGGUGAUAAAUGGAUAUUUCUUCUACUGUAUUAUUGAUUUGUAUAAAAAUGUAUAGAAAUGUUUUUACAAAUGUUUUUGUCAUGGAAUUUGUACAGGACUGUAAAAAGAUUGUUCCCAAUAAAUUUUGAGCUGAAUGAAA